AUGUCAGUUCAGCAACAGUUGCCACAAAUCCAAGAGCAGAACUCUCAAAUACAAAGCCGGCAACAGACCCUUGAAGGCCAGCAACAAGAUCUUCAAAUAUUAUUUUCUAAAGCAUUGGAACCAAUAAUUCCUCAACCAAAUCAUG